ACACACACACACACACACACACACACACACACACACACACACACACACACACACACACACACACACACACACACACAGCUGCCCAGUGUGUCCUGCUGGGGCGGGGCAGCCUGUUUUCAGGGGGUGUUUAAGGGACUAUUGUGUUAGUCGUGCGGUGGUGAGAGAGUAGGGGGAAAGCUCAGGAGAUGAGAGCGACACAUCUGUUCAGAGAGUCGGAGAAGGAGGGAGUGAAGGACAGAGUGGGCGAAUUAAAAAGAAAAGACUCAGAGUUCUUAGGACAGAGGGAAGUCUGAAGAUGUUCAUGGUUGUUCCUCGUCCGUUGAACCACUGAAGAUGGAAACCGUAACAUUUCCUUCUGGAUGAAGACGCCGCUUUUCCUUCGUCUUAAAUGUUUUGCAUGUCGUCAGUAUGAAGGUGUUACAGUGGACGGUGCUUACACUCAGCCUGUGUGGAUGUAAGUGGGCGGUGUCUGUUCCACUGGCCCCACACAUUGCAUUAUUAACACCUGAAACCACGCCCUCAGUUACACCCACAAUGGACGAGAGCGCAAGGCUGGUGGAUUGGCUUAUGAAGUACGGCUACCUGCCCCCUCCUGACCCCUCCACGGGUCAGCUCCAGGCCUGGACUGCAGUCACACAUGCUUUGAAGGCCAUGCAGAGAUUUGCUGGAUUACAAGAUACUGGAGAACUGAAUGAGGAGACUCUAAGACUGAUGCAGACUCCUCGCUGUUCGCUUCCUGAUGAUGAAGAGAGAAGCCAGAUCUCUGAGUCAGACUUAGAGAGUGAACAUCACGACCAGAGGGUAAAGAGAGACGUAUCAAGUUGGGCUCAGAGAAACAUCAACUGGAGAUUGCGUACAUACCCCACUUCCUCUGCUCUGUCCCAUGAGACGUUCCGUGCUCUGGUCUUCUACGCUCUGAAGGUGUGGGCAGAACCAACAGCUCUUGAAUUUUACGAGGUUGGAGGCCCGGAUGGGGCGGAUCUCCUGAUUGAUUUUUUACAUGGUUCACAUGGUGAUGGAUAUCCGUUUGAUGGAGUGGGUGGAGCUGUUGGCCACGCCUUCUUUCCUUCAGACCCAGACAGAGCAGGUGAAGUCCAUCUGGAUGCAGAGGAGGAGUGGGCAUUCAGACAGCCAGCUUCUGAAGGUACAGAUGUGUUCACGGUGCUGGUGCACGAGCUCGGCCAUGCUCUCGGACUCUCCCACUCUUCGGCGCGGGGGUCCGUUAUGAGGCCGUAUUACCAAGGGCCCCUGGAAGACCCGCUCCACUUUAGCCUGGGACCUCCAGACCGAGAGCACAUCACCGCUCUCUAUGGAAAGAGGGGUGAUAAUCUACAGACAGUCAGUUCUCCUCCAGAGGCAGAAGCUGAACGAAAACAUCCACACAGAGAUACACACAGACUCACACACAUACACCGGCACACACACAGUCACCAGGACAGUCCUUCUUUGGAUCGCUGCAACACCAGUUUCGACGCGGUUGCUAAAAUUCGAGGGGAAACGUUUUUCUUCAAAGGUCUGAGUAUGUGGAGAGUGAACCGUGGAGGUCUGGUGUCUCAGAGAGCCGUAUCCGUACAGAAACUCUGGGCCGCCCUGCCCACAUCAAUGCCCCCACUGAGGGCCGUACUGGAGAGGCAUGAGGAUCACGCCAUCAUCUUCAUCAGUGGUUCUCGGUUCUGGCUGUUUAAGGAUCUGUCUCUACAGAACGGUUUUCCGCAGCCGCUCUCUGCACUGAAUCUCACAGACUCGGACGGAGAGAUGCGCGGUGUGCACUGGGACCCUGAGAAAGGAGUCGUGUGGGGGUUGGCAAAAGAUGGUGGAGAGUGUGGUGAGGUGUGGACAGAGCUUACUGAAGGAGGAGUGAAUGGAAUUAUUACAGACAAUGAUGGUUCUCUCCUCCUCUUCAAAGGCUCUCAGUAUUGGCAAUUUGCUCACCAAUGCUCUGCCCCUGAGCCUGGCUUUCCCCGACCUGUGGGCUCAGAUUGGUUGAACUGCCCAGACCCCUCUCUCUAUCACCCUGGUGACAUCUCCCUGACAUCCACUGUUGGUCAGCAGGAGCUUCAAGAGAGAAAAAAGGAACAAGCAUUGGAGCAGAUCAGGCGUAGGCACAAAACCACAGUGAGACAUACAGAAAAUCCCGCGGAAUGUCCUUGCACCGACAGCGCGGCUCUACCUAGCACCAGUCUGCAUUUCCUGACAAUUAGCCUGCUCUUACACACAGCCAUCUGUGUCACUUCACAUCCUUUUCAUCUUUAGAUGUCUUUAUACGUCAUUUCUUCAACUGUCAGGUUUCAGUAUGUGUGAGAUGCUUUUCUGCUCACCACGGUGUGGUUAUUUGAGCUACUGGAGCCAUUCUGGCAGCUCAAACUAGUCUGGAGGUUUUCCAUUGACCACUUUCUUCAAGAACAGGAUGUUUCUGUAUAUUUCUUUGUAUUUGUAUAAACUCUAGAGAAUGUACUGUAUAAAACGUCUGUAAAUAACUUUCUUGAAACAACCAAGCCACUGUCAAAGUCAGUCAGACCACAAUUUAUCCCUUUGUUCUGAUGUUUUAUGUGAACUUUCACUCAAGUUCUUGACCUGUAUCAUUAUACUGAUCCUACAUUUAUCACUAUAUUCCACGGGGGACACAGAAGAGAGGAAAUAAGAAUAAUUUCCUCCGCGGAUGACAUUAGACAUUUGACUUGUUAUCUCUUCUAAACCUCCCUCACUGCCACAUUAACAUUAUUGAUUUAAGAUUAAUAAAUUAUGCUAAAUAAAUCCAUCAGCGAUAGAAAUCAAUGCUAGAGCAUUUAUUUAACCCAAGAUGUUACAGCUUGACCCUUUACAUGACAAAAACAACCUGACAAUUGUAUUUUUGAUGCAAUGAUCUGUCUCCCUCUAACUGUUUAUAUAUAUAUAUAUAAUAAUAAUA